AUGCUACCCAAUGAAGAACAUGAUGAAAAGAAAGUGACACUCGAAGGAGAGAGGAAAUUUGAUCAAUUUCUUGCACAACAAGUAGCUACUCCUAAAUCCUUUUCUACUAAGACAGGAAUCAAACUCAAAACACUCUACAUUCCAAAGUUUAAUAUUGAAUUUGAGGCUUCUUUGAGUGAAAUUCUUCAAGAGCCUCCCUUCUUCAUGAAGAGUGCUUUCUUGAAAGCCGAUUUCUCAAAUCUCUCUCGUGAACCACUUCAAAUUAGUGAUGUCAUUCACAAGGCUGUCAUUAAGGUCGAUGAAAGUGGAACAGAGGCAGCAGCUGCCACUGCGGUGAUUAUGUCUAGAUGCAUAAAAGUUUCCAACGAACCCAAGAAAGAACAUCAAUUUAUUGCAAAUCGACCAUUCGGAUUGAUCAUUAUGCAUGAACCAACCGAAACAGUUUUAUUCAUGGGAAAGGUCAAUCAUUUGUGA